AUGGCCAGCGCCACGUAUCUCAGCCGGAACGACAACGCGGUGCUGGGCGCACUGUUUGAUCCGGAGUCAUCCUUAUCAAACAGCACACCAGUGGCAGAUACAUUGCCAAGCAACUUCAGCUCAACCGAACUGCAAGACAUACUGGAAACAGAGCGAAGAGCGCUCCUGCCACUGAACGUAGAGCGACCGUCGGAAGACACUAUCGCGACUUCGAUCUCGGAUCUCGACACUAUUAUCGAGCAGUGGCCAGAGUAUGCCUCGGCAUGGAACAAUCGUGCGCAAACGCGCCGGAUGCUGUUUGAAAUUCAGACAUUACACCAAGAGAUCGAAGCCCUGCGCCUGAUUAUGGGCGAUCUGUCUCAGGCCAUUGCUCUUGCAACUCCUCAGAAUCCUUCAUCGCCUGUGCCGGCUGCACAUGCCAAAGUCCUGGCAUCGGCGCACACCCAUCGCGGGUAUUUGUUGUACGCUGCGUCCAAGUCUGAGGACCUAGCUACGGCCAUGACUUCUUCGAUACAGAGUCUGGAAGGACUGGACUCAGAGCAACUGGAAGAGAGAGCCAGCCACGACUUCUCUCUGGGUGGGCGCUAUGGCAACGAUAUGGCCAGACAGCUAGCAGUCAGGACGAAUCCAUAUGCAAAGCUUUGCGGCAGCAUCGUCAAGGAGGCUAUGCAGAAGGAGGUGAUGGACUACAACAUGCAGAUCCAUGGUAUGAAGCCGGCGUUGUAG